AUUACAACACAUACUACCUCCAACGAAGCAUUACUCACUCAUUCACCUCCAUGCUCCCACAGUGUUUAUAUAGACUGUGCUGCCCCGAUGCUCUCUCACUCGCUUUUUAGCUGGUGGUUUUAGCACAGCAAGGAAGCUAGCCAAGAGAUUGCUCAGCACUAACAGUAGACCCCUCCGAGCUGGGGCUCCGCUCUUGCAGAAAGCUCAAACAUGCGCUGCUUGAAAGUGUUCCUCUGCGUUUUUCUUUGUUCUUCCUGUGUGCUGGCACAGGGAUAUGACAACGAUGAAAUUGAAGUGGACUAUGGAGAUGUGUAUUACAACGAAAUCCCGGACAACAAAGAAGAAGCUACUUCAGCUCCCUGCACGUCCAAAGACCUCACAAAAUGGGACAAGCUCUUUUCCAUGCUAGAGAACUCCCAAAUGAAAGAAAACAUGCUGCUUCAAUACGUGAAUGACAUAAUUACAGUGGAGCUGCAAUCCAUGCGUGCUGAAAUGCUGCAGUUUGUGGGCACCUAUGCCAGCACCUGCACCAAUGCGAUGGACAGUGUCAGUCGACGCAUAGCUUCGCAAGUGGACCAGAAGUUAGCCCAAAUCUCUGAAAGGACAAAGGAUGCCAACAAAAUGCAUCAGUCCCAGCUAGAGCAGCUGUUAUUGGCAAGCAGGAAUCAAGCUAGCAAACUUAGCAAACUUGAGAGUACCUUUCAAAAUGGAGCAGAAUUUAAGGCUGUGCCCUCAGAGCCAAAAAUACAGGAUGUCCCUACGUCAGUGAAACUUGAAAAGACUAUGAAUUCCAUUGCCCGGGAUCUGCAGAUAACCCGGGCACAGCUAGACUUUACCCAGAGGUGGACUAAUCAGCACUUCCUGCCCUCAGGAUGUGAAAUGGCUCUGUUGUUUCCAAUGCGCUCCAAAAAGAUCUUCGCCAGCGUCAAUCCUGAGGCUGCCAUGACCCUGAGGUCCUUCACUGUCUGUUUUUGGGCCAAAGUCACAGAAGCCCUCAAUAAAACUGUCUUAUUCUCCUACGGGACAAAGAGAAACCCCUAUGACAUCCAGCUGUCCUUCAGCCAGACGUCAGCAGUGUUCACCGUCGGGGGAGAGGCCUCAUCGGUGGAGACUCCAAACGUGGUGGAGAACGGGCAGUGGGGUCACUUCUGCGGCACCUGGAGCUCUGAAGAGGGGUCGGCCUCGUUGUGGGUCAACGGGGAGCUGGCAGUUACCUCCAAGGGGGUUGCAAAAGGCUAUACAAUCCCUGACGGAGGCGUCAUGCAGCUUGGCCAAGAGAGAAAUGGCUGCUGUGUUUCAGGCCUUAACGUCAACUUCGAUGACAAACUGGCAUUUUCCGGAAAGAUGACGGGGAUCAAUCUGUGGGACCGCGUCUUACAAAGCGAGCAGAUUCUCCAGCUGGCCAGAGAAAACGAUUCAUGCUCCAUUAGAGGAAAUGUAGUGGGCUGGGGCGUUACAGAAAUUAUACCGCACGGAGGAGCUCAGUAUACAUUCUAAUACUUCACGUCUACCAAAAGACAACAAAUGCCAAACCAAAGGUCUUUCUCAAAGCUUCAGAAAUAGUCAAAUAAACUUUUUCAAUACGGAGUCCAAAUCUCAUAGUUAGCACACAGCAUUUACCAUAUGUUCUUUUGCUUUCUAGAUAAUAAAACUUAGUCAGUGAAGACUUUAUGUACAGUUUGGAAGCCAGUUUACAUGCUUUAUGUAUGUAAAAAAAAGCUUUUUAGUCACACAGUUUAAGUGAAAGCUUUUUUUAUUUAUUUUUGUUUGGAAACAAAUCUCACUUCUUUUGCAGAAGUAUUGUAUACGGUUUGCAACUUAAAUUCCUAGACACAUACUGUAGCCAUUUUAUUUUGCCUAUCAAACUAUUGUUUCGCAUGUACAUUUCAAUGAAUGGGAUUUAAUAUGCAAUUACCUUUUCUCAUUUAGCCUUUAUUUUUGAUCAUUCAGAAACAUUUAUUUUUUAAGAGAAAGAAGAAUGUUUACAAAGUCUGUUAAGACUGUGGUUAAAUUUCUAUUAUUUAGAAAACUUGUACAUUUUUUCUUUUUUUUCUGCCAUGAAUGCAUUUUGUAUUCUUUUUCGAGAUGAAUAAACUACUUUAAAAAAUAAAAAUCC